AUGGCUUUAAGUAAGAAAACGAAGCAACAACCUUAUGAAUAUUCCAUAUGUGGCAUGGAUCCGAGACUAUCAAAUCGCCCACAACUUCUGAACCUCCGGGCUUUCAGAUUAGUGACGGGCAAGCUAGAUUUAAAACUUGUCAAUAUGCAUCAGAGUCAAAACUUUUGUUGGUCUACCUUGCUUUCUAAGCCAUUGCUCACGGUGUCGAACGAUUUGACGAAUUUUCAGCCCUUUGGAAAAAGCUAUCUUAAGAGCAAGAAGAGCCGGCGAAGUUGCAUAUUAACAAUUGUGAGGACUCGAUUGUUAUUGAGACAAUCAGCUUUAGCGGGCCCUUUGAGGAUAUUUCACCACGCUCUCCUCCAGGAUAAUGAGAAUCAACCUUAUAUGCAGAAAGCACCCAAACACUAA